GACUGUGUUGUCUGCUUUACGGCAAGUCAUUUGCGACAAUUGUUGACAGGCGCCGAAUUUGGAAAAGUUUAUGGCAGCUAGCAAUAUUUCGCUACUAGCCAAGGACUUGUUUUCAAGCAAACUUUUUGUCACGAACUGGGUUUUUGUUGUGAAUGAUUUUCAGUAUAAGGGAUGUUGAGCACUCAGAUGAUGUUUUUUUUAUCACGUGACACAUCGUAUGUAUCCUAAAUUUGCAGACUAACCGGGCUUUGGUGACAUUGGUAAUCCAGUUAGCUAUUUUGGACAAGUCACACUUUAUGUAAUUCCCAGGCAUUUGACAUUACUUUUAAGAAUGCGUCUACUUGCACAGUCGGUAAGUAGAAUAUGCUUACACGUGUAAUUAGCAGAUCACUGCUUAGUGUGAGUCGGCUGUUGUCAGUUCAAACUCAAGGAAGGUUUUGCCAGCAAGGAUCAGAGAACAUGAACAGAAGAACUCAGAUCAAGAAAGUUCUGUGCGUCGCUGAGAAGAAUGAUGCAGCCAAGGGGAUAGCUGAAAUAAUGUCAAAUGGGAGAUCACGAAGAAAGGAAGGAUUAUCCGUGUACAACAAAUUGUACGAGUAUGAGUAUAACUUGUUUGGACAGAAUGUCACUGUGACGAUGACAUCUGUGUCUGGACAUCUUCUGGGUUUGGAAUUCAAAAGUCAAUUUCAAAAAUGGCACAGUUGCAAUCCAGUCCUGUUAUUUGAUGCGGAAGUGGAGAAAUAUUGCCCAGAAAACUUUAUACAAAUAAAGAGGACUCUUGAGCGAGAGGUACGGCAGUGUCAGGCUCUUGUCAUUUGGACGGACUGUGAUCGAGAGGGAGAGAACAUCGGCUUUGAGGUCAUUGAUGUUUGUAAAGCAGUCAAACCAAACCUCCAAGUGUUCAGAGCUCACUUUUCCGAGAUCACACCCAACUCUAUCAGGAGGGCUUGCCAGACACUGACGGAGCCCAACAUCAACAUCAGUGAUGCGGUGGACGUGCGACAAGAGCUGGAUUUGCGCAUUGGAGCUGCUUUUACAAGGUUUCAGACCCUGCGCUUGCAGAAGAUCUUCCCAGCAUCACUGGCCAAUCAGCUGAUCAGCUAUGGUAGCUGCCAGUUCCCUACCCUGGGAUUUGUAGUGGAACGAUUUAAAGCCAUCCAGGCUUUCAUCUCUGAGACAUUCUUCAAGAUCAAAGUGCUUCAUGAACCCAAUGAGGAGGAAAUGGUGGAGUUCAGUUGGAAAAGGCAUCGCCUCUUCAGCCACACUGCUUGCCUUGUGCUCUACCAGAUCUGCAUGGAGAGCCCCACAGCCACAGUGACUGCUGUUACAAGUAAGCCUAAAAGUAAAUGGAGACCACAGCCCCUAGACACUGUUGAACUUGAGAAGCUAGCCUCUCGAAAAUUGAAGAUCAGUGCGAAAGAGACCAUGAAAAUAGCAGAGAAGCUCUACACACAGGGGUUCAUCAGUUAUCCUCGUACGGAGACCAAUAUGUUUCCCAAAGACCUGAAUUUGACCUCCCUGGUGGAGCAGCAAACGCAGGAUAAUGACUGGGGGGCUUUUGCACAGGGCAUUCUGGACAGAGGUGGACCCAACCCACGAAAUGGAAGCAAAUCUGAUCAGGCCCAUCCCCCCAUUCACCCCACCAAAUACACAAACGGCCUGCAGGGCAAUGAGAGACGGGUGUAUGAGUUUAUAGUCCGUCACUUCCUGGCUUGCUGCUCCCAGGAUGCCCAGGGUCAGGAGACGACCGUGGACAUCGAUAUCGCUGAGGAGAAGUUCUCCGCCAGUGGUCUUAUGAUCAUCGCAAGGAACUAUCUGGAUGUUUACCCCUAUGAUAAAUGGUACACAAAGAUAAUACCAGUCUAUGAACAAGGGUCUCGGUUUGAGCCGACGGCCAUAGAGAUGGUAGAUGGACAAACGAGCCCACCACAGCUGCUAACGGAGGCUGACCUCAUCUCCCUCAUGGAGAAGCAUGGCAUUGGCACCGAUGCAACACAUGCGGAACAUAUCGAGACCAUCAAGAGCCGAAUGUAUGUGGGGCUGACUGCUGACCAGCGGUUCCUCCCAGGAGAGCUUGGGAUGGGCUUGGUGGAAGGUUAUAACUCCAUGGGCUAUGAGAUGUCCAAGCCAGACCUGAGAGCGGAGUUGGAAGCUGACCUCAAAUCGGUGUCCGAGGGGAGAAAGGAUAAAUUCUCUGUCCUACGACACCACGUGUCCAAGUACAAGGCUGUGUUCAUCGAGUCUGUCCGCAAGGCAAAGAAGUUGGACGAGGCGCUGUCCAACUACCUGGGCCAGGCUCAGGAGUACACGGAGCAGGAACAGGAACUGGAUCUCCCCAUGCCAGUGCGGAAGUGUCCUCACUGCAACCGAGACAUGGUCCUCAGACAGAAAAAGGACAGCACUGUGAAGUUUCUGUCGUGCACAGGAUAUCCGACCUGCAAGGCAGCCGUGUGGUUCCCAGACUCUGUGCUGGAGGUCAGCCGAGAUGACAGCGUCUGUCCAACAUGCCAGCCUCGUCCGGUCCACAUGCUGAAGUUAAAAUUCAAGAGAGGAAGCCUCCCUCCCAUGAUGCCUUUGGAGUUUGUGGGCUGCAUCGGUGGAUGUGAUGAAACGCUGCGAGAGGUACUCAAUCUAAAGUACCUGAGGCCAGGCGCUGGUGAUGGUGGUGGUGGUGGUGGUAGCAGAGAUCGAGCUGCCCCACAUCAGCAGAACCGGCCCAGAGCACAGGCAGUGCCCACGGCCAGGGCUGAUGGCGGCAACAGCAGCAGACCCCCAGCCCCAAGGCCUCGCACUGAGACCGGCAGGCCAUCAUCUGUUCCUCCUACCUGGUCCAUUCAGCCACCUGCCGCCGGCCACCACGGCAGCAGCAGCAGCAACAACAACGACGACGGCAACAACGCCACAGUGUGCAACUGCGGCCAGGACGCCAUCCUCCUCACCGUGCGCAAGGAGGGGCCCAACCAGGGCCGCCAGUUCUACAAGUGCAACAGCGGGAACUGUAACUUCUUCCUGUGGGCCGACGAACAGGGCCAGGGCCAGGGGCAGCACGGAGCAGGGAGGAGGAACAACCCACAGCCUCCUCCGAGGCCAUCUCUUGGGUUCGCCAACACCAACCAGGGCUUCAGGAAUGGAGGAGUCGGAGUAGGGGGAGGACCAGGAGGUGGUGGUGGAGGAGGAGGAGGAAGUGGUGAUGGUGAUGGAGGGCAGACCAUGUGUAACUGUAACGAGCCGGCCGUCUCCAGGACGGUGAUGAAGGAGGGCCCCAAUAAGGGUCGCAUGUUUCACACCUGUGGCAAGCCACGGGAGCAGCAGUGUGGCUUCUUCCAAUGGGCAGAUGAGAACGUGCCACCAGUGUCAAGAGGUUUCAACAGCGGAGAGCCAGAAAGAAGGGGGAGAAAGACGGGACCUUCCUCGGACAAAGCGCCUGCAGCCAAGAGACAAAGGACUUGUGGGAUUUGCCAUCAGCCCGGACACACACGGACAACAUGUCCACAGAACCGCUAAAGACAAAUGGCUGAAAUGGUUUAAAGCAUAAUCAUUAACAGUGAAAUGGGUCAUUGUAAAAUGUUUGGAUAUUGCCUUGGCUCCUUGGCUUUCUAUCCGUGUUGACACCAUGAUGGUAGUCAAGAAUUCUUAAUAAAGAGGUCAGUUGAACUGGUAAACAAAUGUAUGCAAAUGAAUGUGUAUUGUUUUGCACAAUUUCGUUAUAAUAUUAAACAUUUUAUCAAUGAUA